AAAACAAACAGAAUGGCAGGUGUCAACGCAGAAGGAGAGUCAUGUUGAAACUAGCCACAAUUGCUUGAACUAUGUUAGCAUGGAUGCUUCAGUCAAUGGAUGACUUAAGAGCAGAUUCUUAAGUCAGGAGAAUCAUCUGACACAUUGGACUGGGAGUUGUCAUGAAAAUAGUAGUCCAGAAAUGGCAGAAGCUGUGAGACCAAAGAAAACCAAAUCCAAGCACAGCCAGAAGUCUCAGGACAAAAAACAGAAGGAGUCUGGUACAAAAAGAGCAGGUAGGAUACCUUCUCUCGACCGUGAGGAGGAACCCUCACCUUUAUCCCUGGGUGAAACUGUGAAGCCCCUGCACCAGGCCCUUGGGGAGGAGACCAUCCCCCAGCUCAGCGAUGGCUUCACUGAUAUCCCCCUGAGCCUCCCCAUCAACACGCCCACCACAGAGCAAGAGGGUCCACCGCAGCAGCCAGCAGAGCUGUUAUCACAUCCAGUGGGAGAGGAGGGAGGAGGAGACAGCAGGGCGGAGAGCGGGGAGAGCGAGUCGGCGGGGGUUCUUUCCAGCAAAGAAUCGCAGCAGGCCAAAGACGGCGCAGAGGACAAGCAUGCGCGGGAUGAUGACAUCAUCAGAGGGGACCAAUCCAAGCUGGGGCGCUGUGAUGGGAAAGGCUUGGACUCCAGCUUUCGGUUGCCCGAAAGCGCACCUAACACUAGCGCCGUCCCUCUCCUGUACCCCUCCCUCCCCGCCUCCUCCGUGGAGCCCCAGCUGCUGGUGGUGGAGAACCGGUGUCCCCCCGCCUCUGUCCUGGUGGUGGCCUCCCUCAUGCAGGUGCCCAGGAUCGCCGUGGCGCUGACCGACACGGAGCAGAGGGCGCCGGCCGUGCUCGCCCUGGCCGAGCAGGAGUCCUCGCCGCCCAGCCUGGUGCCCGUCGACCUGGUGAGGCCGGAGAGGACCCAGCAGCGGCUCUACCCGGAGCUGCCCAAGGCGUGCCCCGCGGUGCAGCCGUUCACCCGCGAGCAGCUCCGGCUGUGGGAGCCGGGCUCCUGGCUGGAGAACGUGGAGCUCCACGCGGCCGAGUUCGACGGCCUGGCCCGCCAGGAGGGCCACGAGCUGCACGAGCUGCUCCUGCACUACUGGCGCUGCCGCAAGCAGCUGAGCCAGGCGCAGACCGAGCUGCAGGCCGCCAACUCCGACUGCAAGAGCACCCAGAACCGGCUGUGGAGCUUCAGGGACGAGCAGCUCACCCUGCAGGGUGUGUGCGCGGACCAGGCCAAGGUGUGCGGCUACCACCGCUUCCAGCAGGUGGUGCUGAACGAAGCGGUGGUGGCCGAGCUGCGGCACCUGUUCGAGGCCAAGGCGGAGCUCCUGCACCAGACCGUAGCCCUGCACUCGUACACCGCCAUGCUGUCACGCCUGCAGGUGGAGUCUUACCUGUACCGUCUGCUCAGCGGCAACCAGGCCACCAAGCGAGUAGCCAUUACGGAUGCCAGCGCUGAUGGCCCUGAUGUGAAGGGCCAGCCCUCCUCCCUGCAGCCCCUAAAGGAGAGCAUCAGCGUGCUCUUCAGCUUCACUCGCAGAGUCCUGGACGACGCCCAGUUCCAGGCCGACAUCCACCUGUGGCUGCAGAGACUGGUCUCAGUCCUGCACAGAGUAGGCUCAGCUGGAGAGCACCUGUAUCUCCUCAACCACCUCCUGUGCUGCCCGGCCGGGGUGGGGAAGUGGGCUGUGUCUUUCCUGCAGAUCAAGGUCUUGGAUAAUCCGACUGGAGUGUAUCACUUCAUGCAGGCACUUGCCAUACUGAUGUCUCCAGUAAGGAACCGUGCUGACUUCCUGUGCCACAUGAAGCCCUGUGAGACGAAGAGCAGCUCCAGCGGCCGGUCUGGACCCGAGUCAGGGAACUGGACCCUCGUGGAUGAGGGUGGGGAGGAGGAUGAGGAUCCAGAGACCAGCUGGCUGCUGCUGUCUGAGGACGACCUCAUCGUUCUCUUCUCCCAGUUCCCUUUCGAUGAGCUCUUCAAACACCUGUUAGGGAUGACCUCAAAAGAUAACUAUCAGCCACAGGCCACCACCAGCCAGAAGAUGAUGAAGAUCUUUGCUUUUGCCUCGUCUCUGGUGGAGCUGCUGGCAGUGGGGCUGCAGACGUAUAACAGGGCCCGCUACAGGCAGUUCGUGAAGCGCAUAGGUCACAUGAUCAGGAUGACCCUGUGUUACGUCAGUGACCACUGGGCCCAGUACGUCAGCCUGACGGGCGUGGCCAGGACCACGGUGCAGGAGCAGUCCUUCUCCAUGGAGAAGCUGCAGGUGGAGUUCGACCAGCUGUUCCUCCGGGCCGUGCUGCACGUGCUCAGGGCCAAGAGGCUGGGGAUCUGGCUCUUCAUGUCGGAGAUGCCGUACGGGACUCUGUCCAGCGCCAUGCUGUGGAAGAUAUUCUACAUCAUGCAGUGUGCAGAGACCGAGGGCCUGGACCGGCUCAGCUCCAGCCUGAGCAUAGACACCUGCGUCCAGAGACUGAGGGAGCCAGAGCACCAGGAGAAGUUCGAGCGCUGGCUCUCGGAGAUAAACAGCUCAGACGGGAUCUGUCUGCUCACCACCUUCGCGCACAUGGCCCAGCCCAAACGCACCGAUGCGGACCCGGAGUUUGUCAGAACCAUAGUGCUGGAGAUAUACGAGGUGUCGUAUGUCAGCGUGGCCACGAGGGAGACCUUCUCCAAGGUCGGGCGGGAGCUGCUGGCAGCCAUAGCAACAGCCCAUCCUCAUAUCAUCUCUGUGCUGCUGGAGCGGCUCCGGGAGACCAUCGACAAAGUGGGCAUGGUGUCACUGUACCUGUUUAAAGAGCUGCCGCUGUACCUGUGGAGCCCCGCCGCCAGCGAGGUGGGGGUCAUCCGGGGCUGGCUGCUGGACUACAGCCUGCCGGCAGUGGAGAACAAGCUGGCCUGCAUCAUCCUGGAGGGUCUCAACUGGGGCUUCCACCCGAGUGGCUGUCUGGCUCUGGAUCCUUCCUUGCACAGUGAGAUAGCCUUGCUGGUGGUGGAGGCCUAUCAGAAGUACCUUACAGACAAACCUUAUGCGGGAAUCAUUUCAGAGAGCAUCAAACAGGUUUCUUACCUGGCCAAUGUGGUCCGUUUGGGCCACACCCCCGAAGCCUCUUUCAACCAGUGGGCGUGGGACCUAGUGCUCCGUCUGAAGCUCCACGCCAACGAGCGGCGCCCCCAGGACGCCUGGUCCCCGCUGCCCUCCACCAGCACCCUGGUCCCAGAGGUGUCCGACACGCCCACCAUGCACCCCGUGCUCAAAGCAGUGAAAGCAGGGAUCCCCAUUGGCUGCUUCCUCGCAAUCGCCAUGACCACCAUUGGGCACAGUCUGGAGAAGUUCUGCAGUGAGGGCGUGGGUUUGCUGAAGACCUUGGUCCAGUCCCGGUACCUCAGAGCAGUGGUCCACAUUCUGGAGAACCUCCUGCCCCUGGUCUACCCCUGCCAGUUCUACCUGCUCAAGAAUGAACAAUUCCUCAGCUGCAUCCAGCUGUUUUUACAGCUGGACAGUGGGACUCCUCAGGGGGUGACCCAGCAGGUCACUCAGAAGGUGGCCCAGCAUCUUAUAGGAACGUCCCACGGAGAGAACGUCAAGCUCCUCAACAGCGUCAUACAGAUCCACGUAUUGGAGAGCUCCAGGGCAGGCCGGGUAGGGGCGGCAGCCGUUCUGGAGUUCUGGAUGCAGGUUCUGACCGGGCAGAACCUCUGGCACAGGGACAGAACGGUCCUCUACAUUUUGGACCACCUUUGUCGAGCUGCUUUCUUACACCAGCAAGAGGAAUGCCUGCAGAAACUUCUCUAUCAACAGCACAAGAACGCCUUAGGUUACCACGGUGACCGAGGUCUCCUGUCAUCCUUCAUGGGCUGGAUUGUGGCUGGAAACAUCACGCCCUCCUUCAUUGAGGGACAGGCGCUGGCAGGCGAGGUGUGGUUUGCCUGGCUGGUUCUGAACAUGGAGUCCAUCUUUGAGGAGGACUCCCAGCUCCGGCGCUGUGUGGAGCACGAGCUCCUCACCAACCCCGCCCUGCCUCCAGACCAGGCCCUCAAGAAAGCGCAGGUGCGGCUGAAGCUGCAUGUGGUGCCCUCCCUGCAGAGGAUGAUGGUAUACCGCUGGGCACAGCAGGCACUGGCCACGCCCGCCGAUCACCCGCUCCUCCCCCUCGUCUGGCAGAAAUUCCUGCAGCUCUACCUGCGUCAGCCCGGACCUGAAUUUGGGUUGGAGGCGAAGGGCUGCAUCGGGAAGCGCUACUUCCACAGCACAGCCCACGCCGCGCUGCUCAAAGAACUGAGGCAGAGGCUGGUGGAGGUGUCCGACUUCCACCACGCCGCCAGCAAGGCCCUGAAGGUGCCCCGCUCCGCCAGCGACGGGCCCAGCGACGGGGACAGCACCCCGGGAACCCCCAUCACCCAGUACAUGACCUCCCCCGAGCUGCACAUCGAGCUGGUCAGGCUCUUCAGUGUCUUUGCAGUUUGGCUAGAAGAUGAAAACCUUCAGAAGCAGGAAGUGUAUCUACCCUCAUUGCCAAAGCAGUAUGAUGCACAUCGGCUGGCCAAAAUCAUGCAGAGCCAACAGGACAUGUGGAUGGAGUACGUGGACAUCGAGCGCGUGCAGCAUGAACUGGGCGAAGUUCUGAACCUGUGGGUGAAAGUGAAGGCAGAGCCCUUGUUCUUACAGAGCAACAGCAACUCCAUCUUCACUGACUUCAUCAACCCUCAGGCCGCGAGGGAGCGAAUCCUGACAAACUUGAAGAAGCACGACGCCCCCCAGCCGGCGGUGGCGCUCGUGCCCAUGAGGGCGCCCGUGCCCGACAUUUCACCCGGGUGCCUGUCCGACGAGACCUCCUCCUCCAAGCUGAUCCAGGAGGACCUCAGCAGGCUGCAGCACCAGGCCAAACUUGCAGCGCUGCGGGAGACCCAGCAGGUGGCGCUGGAUAACGAGCUGCUGGAGAUGUUGCCGCAGCUCUACAGUAACCGCGAGGAGCAGCUCUCCAUGCAGCUGGAGUGCCGGGGCAGCGGGGGCCGGCCUUGCCAAGGCCCCGCCCUCAUCACGGUCAAGUUUGAGGGAAUGCACAAGCUGGAGCCGGUCCAGACCCAGAUCCAGUCCCUGAAGAGCGACAUCAAACAGCUGCAGGCGGACGCCAUUAAGCCGCCCCCCCAGAGCCUGGCCGAGGCCGCCGUGCACGUGGAGAACUUCAUCACGGCCCUCGUGAACGCUUUCAAGAUGCACUCCUCCCCGGCCGUUCAGAAGGUGGGCAUUUCCGCCUUUUACCAGGCGGUGUCCUUCGUGAGCGAAGACACCCAGCGCCACCCCCCAACCCGCCAGUUCUUCUCCUCCUGCAUCGAGAUCCUGGGCCAGGUGUUCAUUCGGGGCACCCAGUCGGAGUGCAGGCGCAUGCUGAAGACCAUCCUCCUGAACCGGCGCCUCUGCACCCUGCUGUCCCCCUACUUCACCCCCAACGCGUCCCCCCGGGAGCUGGUGGCCCUGUACGAGGAGGUGGUGAAAGCGCUGCACGCCGACAGCGGCGACGUCAUCUUCAUGCUGCUCACCAAGUUUGACCUGAGCCAAUGGCUGUCGUCGGCGCAGCCGCCCUUCUCGGAGCGCAGCCGGCUGAUGGAGCUGGUGCACCUGGCCCUGAGCGCCUGCGGCCUGGAGCCCGACCCGGAGGUCCUGCUGCCCUUCAACCUCUUCUGCAAGCACUGGACGCGGCUGCUGUGCCACCAGUUCCCCGACCACUACAGCGACUUCCUGCGCCUUCUCAUGCAGAGUUCCUCUGAACAGCUGCUCAGUCCAGAGUGCUGGAGGGCCUCUCUGCGGGUGCUGGGCUGUGCCCCGCAGACCAAGAAGAAAGCAGCAAAGCCCCCUGGGACUGUUCUGGGACCCACAUCCAUCUCACUUUCCCCCCAGCAGGUUGAUGAGACAAUCGAGUGGCUGUCCAAUUUCUUCCUGAAGCUCCGUCUCUCCAAAGCGGAUUUCCGCAGUUUCGGGCUCUUCUCCAAGUGGGGCCCCUAUAUAGAGGAGGUCAAGGUGUUCUGGGGAUAUCUGAUCAACUACGUCAUAAACCUGGAACUGAACGCCUGUGCCAAAGAGCCCGUGGGCAGCAGCAGAUUAAUCAAAGCUCUUCAUGAUUUGCACUCCAAAAUCACCGGUCUGUUUAGGCCGUGGAUACUUGUUCUGGAUACAGAUGAUCCAAGUAAUCCCCGCUGUUACCCCUGGCUGGAAACCGACACUAAUGCAGCAGCCAGUAUGGUGGGCCUGUACACCCAGUUCACUGACACGUUACAGGAAAAGUUCAAAGAGCGGCUUCUGCCCGGACAGCAGGGCGCCCUGUGGCUCCACCUUAUGCACUACUGUGACACCUGCACCUCUCCCAAAAUGCCCGAGUACCUCCUAUACACUUACCACACGGAAUACAACCGCCUGCCCUGGAAGGACCUGCACCCAGACCAGGCUCUCAUGGACCAGUUCUUCAAGGUGGAGAGGGGCAGUCCGAAGAGCUGCUUCCUCUUCCUGGGAGGGCUUCUGUGUGAGGUGAACUGGGUCAGCGUGUUGAGCAGCGCGCUGGGACCCCAGCCCAGCCCGCCGGCCCAGGCCAUGGUCAUUUACCUCUUCUACCUGAUGGUCUUCCUGGCCAAGGAGGACCACCUGCUCAACAAGCCUGAGUCACCCCUGCUGAGCCUGCUGGGCCAAUCCACCUCGCUGCCCUGGCACUUCGUGGACUUCUCCUCCUACCAGAACGUCAUGGGCUACGUCAACACCCACUACCCACCUGCGCUCAUUCUCAACAGGGACACCUCCUCCCAGCUCAUCCUCAAGCUGCUCAAGAUGGCCGCCGGCUUCGGGCCCACACCCGAGGGAACGCAUCACAGGGACAUGACGCUGAAGUGCCAAGCCUUCGUCCACCUGGCGGUGCAGUUCCUCACCUCCCUGGACCAGAACGGGAACAUCAGCCUCGCCUCCCUGGAGACUGAGAUGGAGAAACUGCUGGAGUGCAUCAUGGUCUUCAACCCACCGGAGACGGACCUGCAGCAGAGGCACAUGGCCACCUGCAGCCUGUUCGCCGAGCUGCUGAUGGUGCUGAACAGCGCGGGCGUGUCCACGGCGGAGGGGCUGGGGGCCAAGCUGCACGGCUGGGUGGAGCGUCGCGCCCGGGGCCCGCUGGUGCUGCCCCUGCUCACCGCCGCCUGCCGCUGCCUGGCCUCCGUGCGCCACAUGGCCCGCACCACCGAGGCCUGCAUCCUGGCCUACUUCACCGACGGGGGCUGCGUGGAUCAGUACUCUGGCUGGGGGCCCAUCCUGGUGUCCCUGCAGGUGCCUGAGCUGACGGCGGACGACUUCAUCCAGGAGAGCCUGGGGCUGGGCAGCUUCCUCACCCUGUACGUCUACGUGCUGCAGAGGCUUAACCUGGAGCAGACGCUGGCCAACGAGAAGAAGAUCCUGGUGCUGCUCAACACAUGGAUCAGCCAGGUCUUUCCCAGCGGCCCAGCGGACGAGGCCAAGCUGUUCCUGUGGUGGCACAAGGCCCUGCGGCUGGUGCUGGUGCAGGUGGAGCAGGGGGACGUGUGCGGGCUGGAGACACUGGUCCUCGCCCUGCUCAGCCUGCAGGCCCGCCUGGCCCAGCUGGGGGAGGAGAGGCUCAACUCGGGCAUCCUGGGCGCCAUCGGCCUGGGCAGGAAGUCCCCACUCUCCAGCAGGUUCCGGGUGGCGGUCCGCAGCAUGUCCGCGUUCCUGUUAGUCCAGGUGCCGUCCGAGAGCCAGCUGCGCAUUCAGCCGGGCACCAGCCUACAGCUGUCUGCCAAAGCUCAACAGGCUCUGGCUGUCCUGGACUCCAUGUCCAGCAAUAAGCAGUACUCAGAGUUCCAGGAGACCCUGAGUCAGGCCUGCCAGUUCAUCCGCUACCCUGGGCACUGCCUGCAGGAUGGCAACCGCCUGCUUGCCCUCCUGGUGAACUCCCUGUACACAGACCUCCACUACCUGGACAUCAUACGCUAAAGUCUCUGCCCCCCCUCCCCCCU